CUCUUCUACGCCUGCUCUGUUGCCUCUUUCUUCUUUAUUUCCUCACAUUCAAUUCCGCGGGUUCUUCGUCCUCUUCUACGCCUGCUGCUGGUCUGAAAUCUUUCCACCUUUUUGAUUGCUUAUUAGCAAAUUUGCAGAAAAAUUUACAAAGGGGAGAAAGGAGAGAUCUUGGGGGAGUAGAAGAACAGAGAUCAUGAAUAGCCUCUUCUCCACGGCGUCUUGGCGACGGGACGCGACUGGCGGCGGAGAUCUGGAGAUGGGGGCGACGGCCGGGGGUGCAGCCGGCGGCGCCAGCCUCGACAAAUUCUUCGACGACGUGGAGGCGAUCAAGGAGGAGCUGCAGGAGGUGGAGCGCCUCCAUCGCUCCCUCAGCGACGCCAACGAGGAGAGUAAAACCCUCCACGACGCUUCGUCGGUGCGGGCUCUCCGUGGACGGAUGGACGCCGACGUGGCUGCGAGCCUCAAGAAGGCCAAGCUCAUCAAGCUCCGCCUCGAGUCGCUGGACCGCGCCAACGCGGCCAACCGCGCGCUCCCCGGAUGCGGCCCCGGCAGCUCCACCGACCGCACCCGCACCUCCGUCGUGGCGGGCCUCCGCAAGAAGCUGCGCGACUCGAUGGAAUCCUUUGCCGACCUGCGGACCCGGAUCGAAGCGGAGUACCGGGAGACGGUGGGCCGGCGCUACUACACGGUGACAGGGGAAGUGGCCGAUAAGGAGACGGUGGAGGCGCUGGUGGCGACGGGGGAAGGGGAGCGGUUCCUGCAGCGGGCGAUCGAGGAGCAGGGGCGGGGGCAGGUGGUGGAGGUGGUGGCGGAGAUCCGGGAGCGGCACGGGGCCGUGGCGGAGUUGGAGCGCAGCCUGCUGGAGCUGCAGCAGGUGUUCAUGGACAUGGCGGUGCUGGUGGAGGCGCAGGGGCAGCAGCUCGACGACAUCGAGAGCAACGUCGGGCGGGCGGAGUCCUUCGUCCGCCGCGGCACCGAGCAGCUCGGCGCCGCCCGGGCCUACCAGAGGAACACCCGCAAAUGGACCUGCAUCACCAUCAUCAUCAUCCUCGUCAUCAUCCUCAUCAUCGUCCUUCCUACCGUCAUCUCCCUCACCAGGAAGAAAAAUUAAAUCACUGUUAUUAUUGCCGUCAUUGCUGCUGCUUAAUUAUUUGCUGUUAUUGAUUUUUGAUAUGUAUAAAAUAUUUGUAUAAAUGCAAUAUUUCUUCUUGUGGAGGGGAAGUGGAUGAUUGAAACAUGAAUAUUUAUUUUCA